AUGUCGUUUUUACACAUUGCUACUAAAACAUCUAUAAAAUGGCUUUUACGAGUCCCAGACAAAGGGUUGCCUCAUAAACGCGAUCAAUCCGUGGCAGGGCAUCCGCAAUAUACACCGUUAUGGGAAACAGCAAGACCCAUUUGGGGCUAUGUCGCGGUCGCUUUUAAUCAAGUGGAUAUGGAUCGAUUGUCCAAAGUAGGUCCCAACCGUUUAUGUGCCGAGUGGGUGUUGAAAAAUGGAGGAGGUGUCCGCUUUGUGGACAAUCCCUCAAGACUGUUAAAGGACUACAAUUCUUUGCCACCGGAGACGAGCAGUGUACGAGUUAAAGUUGUGGACGCCACUAAUGCAUCGAUCAUGAAAAUUGGCCUGGAACACUUUAAGGGUUGUAAACACAUUGACACGGUAAUCUUACACCAAUGCAAGCAUCUUGAAAACGAUGGCCUGGGCGGCCUAACUCAUCUCAUCUCAUCGCUAACGCACUUGCAAGUGUCUGGCUGCUACAAUAUAACCGACAAAGGUCUCGCUGUCAUUGGAGCAUUACAGAACUUGAAGCAAUUGAUUAUCUUCGAUAUGUUGUAUGUGAAGGACAUGGACGAGGUGGCUAAUUAUCUUAGAGAGCACUUGCCGAAUUGUGUGAUAAAUGCAACAAAAUUUGUAAUGUAAUCUAAGCGUUGAAAAUUGUUUCUACAAAUUUUGUGUAUACAAUAAAUAUAAAAUAUCCAAAUUAAA